UACACGCGCUAUUUACCUGCAUGUCGACCGGGCGCAUUGGAAGCAUUCAAAGCGCCGCGUGUAUACGUUAGCUUCCGGAUAUGAUUGAUGCCAAAUAAUAGGGCAACGCUUCAUAUGUGAUUUGUGAUGUUAUUUUUCGAUGAAGGCCGUUCCUUGGAAUCAAUAAGUAGACAAGAAAUGUGCAUUGGAGUUUCUAUCAAUAUUUCGAGGAAGCGGUGCUAUUUUUAUAUGAACAUGUUGGGUUUCUGGUGAAAUGCUGAUGUAAUGUAUUUUAAUAACGCAUACGUUUAUUGUGUGGAUUUUAUGUGAUGUUUUCCGUUUCAAUCGCAGCGAUUGUGACAGUAUUGCAUUUUAUUGGAUUAUAUAAAAGCCAUGGCAACAGCAGUUUGAUUUUCGUGAAAUGGAAAAUCACCCGCAACUAAAGAACGCUGCGUAAAAUGUUACGCGUGCACUUGAAAAGUCAUUGUUGAAUGUUAAUUUGAGCCAGUUCUUAUGUAGACGUUUUUUGCAGAAAAUAUUCGUGUGUUUUUCAUUUAUCGUCUGCUGCGACCAACAGUUGCUAUUUGUUCUGGUGGACAAUAAAUAAAUCAGAGUGCUGUGUGCGUUUUCGCUGAGGAAUUUUAGAAAACAUUAUUGAAAUAUCUUGCAAGUCACCAUUAGGAAAGUCCUUCCAGAUGUAGAAAAUAUAGCCUGCGAUAAACAUAGAAUGUGGAAGCAUGCCCUCUAAGAAGGAGUACGAGCUGGUCUCUGACGACGCCUACGACAACCGCAUACCUCUGCACAACGAAGACGCAUUCCAACAUGGAAUACCCUUCGAGGCAAAGUAUAUCGGCACCCUGGAUGUCCCUAGGCCUAGCAGUCGGGUGGAGAUUGUCGCUGCCAUGCGCCGAAUUAGGUACGAGUUCAAGGCAAAGGCGAUCAAGAAGCGCAAGGUCGACCUUCUGGUCUCCGUGGAUGGGGUUCGAGUCUCCGUCUGCAAGAGGAAAAAGAAACUGCCGCAGUGGUAUGACGACAGCAAAUUAGUCAUCGUUCAUCAUCCUAUUUAUAGAAUAUUUUACGUGUCCCACGACUCUCAAGACCUGAAGAUCUGGAGCUAUAUUGCGCGAGACGGACCCACUAAUGUGUUCAAAUGCAACGUGUUCAAGUCCUACAAAAAGGAGCAGGCAAUGCGCAUAGUGAGGACAAUUGGUCAAGCGUUUGAAGUGUGCCAUAAGCUGAGUUUGAACCAGUCACUGACCGUACGCGAAGACCUCGCGACGGAGGAAACAGGGAGCAUCAAGUCUGCAGAGCCGGGCAAAGGCAGUCAGAAAAACAACCGUGAGGAGGAGGAUACCGACGAAGCCGACGGGCUGCCGGUGAAGAGCCCUGUGGUGUGGAAAGACACCGCCUCCUCCCCGCUCAAGGGCCGCGCCACGCCCCCUACCGACCUGUCUCUAAAGCAGGCUCACCAGAUCAUCUACCAAAUGGCGACAACGUCUCCGAAAAUCGUAGGAAGUAGAUGUUCGCCGCCAUUGCACUCACCAGCGCUGACAGACGACGACGGAAUCGACCCGGACCUCCCGGUUACAUCACGACAUCGGAUGACGUUGCUACGGCAACAAGUAGAGCACCAUCAGCAGCAGACACAGGUUGCGGUGGCGCAGGUGCAGCUGCUGAAGGAGCAGCUGGCGGCAGAGACUGCUGCCAGGAUUGAAUCGCAGGCUAGAACCCAUCAGCUGCUCCUACAGAACCGUGACCUGAUAGACCAUAUGAAUCAGAUACUGGGACGCCUGCAGGAGAUGGAGCUACGUAACUCGACCAGCCGCAGACAUCCGCGCAACCUGAAAGAGAUAACGGCUUAUGAGCACUCCAUACCGGACACGACGACGCCCCAGUGCGGACCCGUGUUCUUACCUAGGGGCGCAAUCCACGACUCCGAGGGUCUGAUCAGCCCAGACCUGUGCAUGAUGGAAAACUCAAAGUCACCGCUUGACACAGACUCUCCGGACAGCGGUCAUCGGGAGAUGUCCAACGAUAGUCUAGCCCUAGCUCUUCAUGAGGCGGAGUUUCCGUUCUGGGCAAUGUCCGAAGAGGAAAGAAUGAAGUACAGUUUCGGAUUCGGAUCGCCGGUUAAAUUUCGGCAGAUGAGCUACGAGAUGACCGCAGUGGUCAAUAGCAACCCGUUUGCCGCCAGCAAGGACGAUUUAUGUGACCAGAAAUAUCAUAAUGGCGUCAAUUUUGAAGACGAAGAAGAUAAUCCAAGCAAAAUUCAGAAGGUCCCAAAACUACGCCCGCCCCCUGAGUUCCGAAGCUACGGUGCAUAUAGAAACUCAAAGGUUUCGGACGAUUCUAGCAAUUCGUCUAAUUCGGACACAGAUUCCGUCAAAGACGGUAUUGUGAAUUUUACGGACAGUGACUAUUACUCCCAUACCGGAAGUAGCACGCUGACGAAGCACGGGACCCAGAACGUCGAAAGUAACACACCAACCGCUCAAGUCAACAACAGAGACAGUAUCCAGCCUGGUCUAGUGUAUAAGCCAAAACUGGAAUACCAUUUCAACAACCUUGAAUCCGACCGGUCCCUGAUGCAGAAGUACCUCGAGCACAAUCGGAACCAAAGGGGAAGUUUCUCGGACGAGGACAACACUGAGAGUUACGACGAGGGUCUUACACAGCCUCCUUCCCCGCCGCCCCCACCGUGUCGCCUGGAAGACGAAGACUUCGACGAAUGAACGCAUAUGAAUUUCAAUUUAGGCUGCAUACGCAAUAAGUGCAAUGUUUUGCAAUGGCCUACCUACUGGUUGUCAUUGUCAAAGAAAAAGAUAUGGUAAUUUCUUAUAUAAAUUGUAUACGCACAUCACGUGACAAAUACUGUCUAUUCUAUACUUUACUAGACGUUUUGUUUGCAAAAUUGCAUCCAACGCAAUUGUUUACAAGUCUUCGUUGCCAAACGCUCUGAGUUCUGUACAACACGAUUUGCAUAUUAUUGGCUACGAGUGGUGAAAGAUAUAUUUAGGGCAAUUAUAUGACUACAUAUUGACUAUUUCAUGAAGUGGAUGCAAUAUAGCUACGUAUAAUAAUUAUAUAUUUACUCGUUUUUGCAUAUUUUUAAUAUUUGUAUAAGGUUCCCUUGUGCUUUCAUUAGAAAAUCAAGGACGAUGCAUUUUUUUCCGGAUAAAUGACUCAACUGAAUAUUUAUAAAUACAAGUAAUUGUUUUUUUAUGUCAUUGCUAUAAGGGAGGGUAUUGGACUCAAAUGCAUUUAUGUAUAAAUACUAGUAAUUGUGUUCAACUCUUUGCCAUAAGGGAGGGUAUUGGACUCAAAUGCAUUUAUGUAUAAAUACUAGUAAUUGUGUUCAACUCUUUGCCAUGAGCGAAUUGGACUCAAAUGCAACUAUGUAUACAUGCUAGUAAUCGUGUUCGUGUCUUGGUCAUGAGGGUAUAAGACUCAACUGCAACUCUGUAAAAAUACUAGUAUAUGUAUUCGUGUCGUUGCCGUGAGCGUUUAAGAUUGCUUGAAAAUGAACACAUAAAUACACAUUUUAGUCAGUCAAUGUAUUGGACAUGAACACAGUGCGUGUCUUAGGAUUUGAUUUAUUAACGAACAGACAUGAGUAAGUCAAUGUCUCGCAGAUGAACACACCUAUUUAUCUUGGGAAUGAACACAUACAAACACAAAUGAGUCAGGCAAUGUCUUGGAGAUGGAAAAUUAUGUUGUGUCUUGAACAUGAAGUUGAGUUAUGCAUUCGUCAUAAAGAUGUCAAAUUCCUGCUAAAAGAAGCUAAUAGAAGUAAGCAGUUAUUAUACAUGAAAUCAAAAUCUUUAAAAGUGUGCCAAAUGUGUGCGGAAUAUGUUAAACAAAUGUUACUUAUUGAAAGUGAAUAAAUAUCUUUUUAUA